AUGUUCCGCUGGCGCGUGCGGCGCAGCAGCUUCGCGACGGCGUCAGCCGCAGCGCCGCCACGCGCGUGGGCGCCCAUUGAAGCCAAGUGGCAGAAGCAAUGGGCACAGAACAAGCUGCAGGUGUGCGAAAAAUCAGUGGAUGAGAAGGAAAAGCAGGAGAUGGAGACGACGAAGAAGCCCUACUAUUGCCUCGCCAUGUUCCCGUACCCAUCUGGUCAGCUCCAUAUCGGCCACGUGCGCGUGUACACGAUCAGUGACUGUAUGGCGAGACUGAAGCGAAUGCAGGGCCACGACGUGCUGCACCCAAUGGGCUGGGACGCGUUUGGACUGCCCGCUGAGAACGCGGCGAUUGAACGCGGUGUGUCGCCUGCAGACUGGACAGUCGCGAACAUUGCACAGGGGAAGCAGCAGCUCAAGGCGCUUGGCAUGUCGUUUGACUGGGACCGUGAGGUCACGACGUGUGCGCCCGACUACUACAAGUGGACGCAGUGGCUCUUUCUGCAAAUGUUUGACAAAGGGCUGGCGUACCGUAAAGAGGCGCUUGUGAACUGGGAUCCAGAGGAUCAGACUGUGCUGGCAAAUGAACAGGUGGACGCCGAAGGCAGGUCGUGGCGCUCGGGUGCGAUUGUCGAGCAGCGCUCGUUGAACCAGUGGUUCCUGCGCAUUACCGAGUAUGGCGACCGACUGCUGGAGGACCUCGACAAGUUACACAAGUGGCCGGACUCGGUGAAGCGCAUGCAAGCAGCAUGGAUUGGACGCUCGCAGGGUUCAACGGCAGAGUUCCAGGUCGCGCUGAAUAAAGGAGCGGUGGCGGUCGCUGCUGCCACGCCAAUGCGCUUGACGGUGUUUACGACGCGAGUUGACACGAUCUUUGGUGUGAGCUUUCUUUCAAUGGCUCCUGAUUGUGUUGAAGUAGAUACUCUUCUCCCACACGUUCCGGCAGCGCAGCAGGCAGCCGUCAAUGCCUACGUUAUGAAAGUACGUGCAAUGAGUAAAACUGAUCGAGGCAAUGGUGAUACAACAGCAGGAGUGUUUACAGGACUGUAUGCCUGUCAUCCGCUUACGAAGCGUCAUGUGCCCAUUUACUUGGCCGAGUACGUAUUACCGCAUUACGGUACCGGCGUGGUCAUGGGCGUACCAGCACAUGAUAGCCGAGAUCUGGCUUUUGCUCGUCACUAUGAUUUAGAAGUGCGCCCUGUGGUUGGAAACACCGAUGGCACUGUACGGAAUGGAGACGAAGUGUUUACACAGUAUGGUGUGCUGCACGACUGCGCUGAGUUCUCCGGUAUGACAUCACAGGAAGCAACGACGGCCAUUAACGCUCGUCUUCGCGAGCAGGGUGUUGGCGGUGUCACUACCCAAUUCCGCUUGCGUGACUGGUUGGUUUCUCGCCAGCGCUACUGGGGUACACCUGUGCCGAUCAUUCAUUGUCCCUCGUGUGGACCGGUCGGGGUUCCAACAGAGCAGCUACCAGUUGUUCUGCCGCCUGUCGGGGAAGAUGUGGCUGGCGACCUGCGUGGCAAGCAUAGUAGCGGCUCACCUCUCGCGCGUAUUCCUGGUUGGCAAGACUGCAAGUGUCCACGCUGCGGCGGCGAUGCUCGGCGCGACACCGACACCCUCGAUACGUUUGUCGACAGCUCAUGGUACUACAUGCGCUAUUGUGACGCCGGCAAUGAUGCCACUGCCUUUGAACCCGCGAAAGCACAAACCUGGAUGAAGCACAGCGGUGUGGAUCUCUAUAUCGGUGGCAUUGAGCAUGCGAUAUUGCAUCUGCUCUACUCGCGUUUUGUGACCAAAUUCAUGUUUGAUCAAGGGUUUUUAGCCACCGAUGAGCCUUUCGCUCAGCUGUUGGCUCAAGGUAUGGUGCUGGGACGGACGCACAAGUCGCCAGGUUCACUUCGUCCCUUAGCACCGGGUGAAUAUGAAGAAGUAGCAGUUGAUGGUCAUAUGGUCGUCGUGGAGAAGAAGACUGGGCUUCCUGCAGUGACUCUGUGGGAGAAGAUGUCCAAAUCCAAGCACAACGGUGUCGAUCCAGAGCAGAUCCGGGCACGUUACGGUGCCGAUGUCACGCGCCUUGCUGUGUUGUUUAAGGCACCACCUGCUCAUGAGCUGGAGUGGGAUGAAGCGGACCUCGCAGGUCAAUCGCGCUGGAUGGCACGUAUUUGGUCACUCGUAGAUGGCGCGCUAGUCUGUCGCAGUGUCAAUGCUACGAAUGAUGUAGAUGGAGACGAGGAGAAGAAGCUGCGCUACGAGCUGCACGGAACGAUCAAGCGUGUCACGGAGGCGUUGAAUGAGUUUCAGUCGUUUAACGUUGCUAUCGCAGAGCUGAUGAAGCUUUCCAACUUACUUGGCAAUUGUCGUUCACAGCUUGAGGGCUCGGCAGCUUACGAAGAGGCUGUGCGUGCGCUGGUGCAGAUGUUGGCACCACUGGCUCCCCACGCUGCUGCUGAGAUGUUUCAGACUCUGGAGGACGGCGACGAGUCUGCCGAUGUGCAUGCUUGCUCGUGGCCAGUACAUGAUCCGGAGCAGCUGGAUCGGGCCCAGGUGAAAGUAGCGCUGCAGGUGCAAGGCAAAGUGCGGGACACGAUUGACGUGGAUCUUGCUCUGCUGAAGGCGAAGGACUCGGACGCGGUGUUUGCGUUGGCACUGGCUUCUUCUGCUGUGCAACGCCAUGUAAAGGGUCGAGACGUGCGUAAGGUGAUCUUGGUACCUCCCAAGAAGCAAGGUGCUCAUGGACUGCUGAACAUUGUGGUGAAGUAG